AAAAAGUCAUAAUUGUUAGUUUUGGGGGUUUGUGAAAAAGAUAGGAAUGCUUGUUACCUACUCUUAUUAACUUCUCUGUCUCUCUCUUCUCUACAUCAGAGUCUCUUUAAGCAAAACUGGGACAUAGAAACUUAAAGUCUUCUUAAGGUUUCUCUGUUCUGUUUUUUGUUUCUUUUGGAAAAUGCAGAAGCACAAAUGUAAGCUCUGUUCCAAAAGUUUCUGUAAUGGCAGAGCACUUGGUGGUCACAUGAAGUCCCACUUGGUCUCAUCACACACGCCCACUGGGAAGAAGCUCGGGGACUCGGUUUACUCCUCUUCGUCUUCCUCGGACGGUAAAACUCUGGUCUACGGGUUGCGAGAGAACCCGAGGAAGAGUUCCCGGGUCUUUAAUCCGGAUCCUGAGUCAUCCACCGUUUACAACAGCGAGACCGAGACCGAACCUGAGUCAGUGGCCCCGGUUCGUUGUAAACGGGGCAGAGCAGAGGUUUCGAAGAAGAAGAGGAGUAAGAAGAGAGUGUCUAAGAACUCGUCCGUGUCGGGAAAGAAGCAGAAGACGAGUAAAAGUGACUCCAGCGAGUCGCCAGAGCCUGCGAGUUCUGUCUCCGACGGUUCUCCGGAACAGGACUUAGCCAUGUGUUUGAUGAUGCUGUCGAGAGAUUCAAGGGAGAUUAAGCUGAAGAAACCCAUUAUCGCAGCGGAAGAGAUGAAACCGGAAAAGAGACAUGUCCCGGAGCUCCGACGAUGUAUGAUAGAUCUGAAUCUUCCUCCGCCGCAAGAAAGCGAAGUUGUCACCGUAGUUUCGGCCAUAUAAAACAGUUGAGGUUUGCAGAGAUGAUCACAACAAAAGUAUCUUGGUGAUUGGCUUUUCUUCAAGAUCAUUAUUCUUUAAACUAGAAACCAUUUAUUGGUUUUGGAAUCUUUUGAUGGUCUUUAUUAGAACAAUGUACUUUUGAUGUGAGACAGAAGCAAACUCAAGGAACAAGCUAUGUUUCUAGAUUUCUUCUUCAGUUCUUAGGAUGAUGGAUGAUAUAAUAUAUGGUUGGAUCUAUG